GCAGGCCGCAUUCCAUGCCUGCAAUAUGGCGUCCCCCAUGUAGACUGUGGCUGUGGUACUUCCACAGGUGGCCGGUGUAGUUUCUGAGCUGCGGCUGCGGUCCCGCCAGCUUUGGGUUGCAGAAGCAGCAAACUUUGUUCCCGGUCACGGCUCCAGAGAGCCGCAUUUCUCCGAGGGUCUGGGAUCGCCGUUAACUUCUAGAUUCUGAAAGUUCCUCUUCAGCCCUUGCUCGUUGCCCGUGCCAUCCCCGGACACCUUCCCCAGGUCCCCGGCCCUCUCAGACUCAAACUAUGAGCCUUCGGCAGCUGCUCUUGCGCUUGUCGGGUUACCUCGGGGCCUCUGGUCCCCCACAUCGCCCGUGGUGGUGCUCCAGGUCCCCCGACACCAUCUCCUCAGUGGGCUCCUGGCGCGGCCGGUGCUCCAGGUCUCCAGCCCACUGGAACCAGGUGGUGUCAGAGGCAGAAAAGAUCGUGGGUUACCCCGCUUCCUUCAUGAGCCUCCGCUGCCUGCUGAGUGACGAGCUCAGCAACAUCGCUAUGCAGGUGCGGAAGCUGGUGGGGACUCAGCACCCUCUGCUUUCCACUGCCAGGGGCCUUGUGCAUGACAGCAGGCAUAACCUCCAGCUGCGGGGCCUAGUGGUGCUGCUCAUUUCCAAAGCAGCCGGGCCCAGCGCUGACAACUCUCCAUGUCAGAACUACGACAUGGUCAGUGGGAUAUACUCAUGUCAAAGAAGUUUGGCAGAGAUCACAGAACUUAUACACACUGCUCUCCUCGUGCAUCGUGGAAUAGUAAAUUUAAGUGAAUUACAGUCUUCUGAUGGACCACUGAAAGACAUGCAGUUUGGAAACAAAAUAGCUAUCCUGAGUGGAGACUUUCUUCUAGCAAAUGCCUGCAAUGGACUAGCUCUUCUACAGAACACCAAGGUUUCAGAACUUAUAGCAAGUGCUCUUAUGGACUUGGUGCAAGGAGUAUACCAGGAAAAUUCUGCUUCGGAUGAGGAACAUUCUAUCACAGAUGACAUUGGAAUGUCGACGUGGAAGGAGCAGACCUUUCUGUCUCAUUGUGCCUUGCUGGCGAAGAGCUGCCAGGCUGCAAUGGAGUUAGCAAAGCAUGAUGCUGAGGUCCAGGACAUGGCAUUUCAGUAUGGGAAGCACAUGGCCAUGAGUCAUAAGAUAAAUUCUGACCUCCAGCCUUUUAUUAAAGACAAGACUAGUGACUCUAAGACUUUUAACCUAAACUCAGCACCUGUCGUCUUACAUCAGGAGUUUCUUGGAAGAGAUGUGUGGAUUAGGCAGAUUGGAGAGGCUCAAGAAAAAGGAAGAUUAAACUACACUAAGAGGACAGGAGUUCUGAUGCCCUCUUCUGGACUCUUUGCGAGAAACAAUCAAAGCUGGCAAAGGUGUGACUUCAGCUAUUGACCUGUGUCGUUACCAUGGAAACAAGGCACUGGAGGCCCUGGAGAGCUUCCCUCCCUCAGAGGCCAGAUCGGCUUUAGAAAACAUUGUGUUUGCUGUGACCAGAUUUUCAUGACACCAAAUUAAAAAGACACUAUUGUUCCUUAGCUGAAAAACCCAGAGAAUGGGAUGGACAGGAGAGCUUUUAUGAUGAGAUAACCAAUAUGUUAAUGAUUUUAAAAACAUACAUAUUUUUUUUUCUGUUCUUUUAUCUCGUUGCUUAAUGAAUCUAUCAUUUUGGAACCAUUACAAACAAAAUGAGAAGGAAAAAAAGGUCACACAGUUUUCACUUGUCACACCAAAGCACACUUGAGGCUGCAGCAACAGAAAUAAUUAAUGAGACUCACUCCCGUGACCUCAGCAAAUGCACAGGAAAUAAGUCCUUAUUGAUUGGACCAAGCCAGGGAUGGCGCCAGGGCAAUAGCUGUGGUUUUCCUUCUGAAGAGGACAGAUCAAGCUGGAGCUGCAGGUGUCAAGAGAAACACUGGAUGCCAGCCAGGGAGGAUACAUCAGAACCUGAUGACCAGUCCAUUGUAGUGGAGAAUCGUUCUUCUAUGAGUUAUGCAAAAAUAGGCUUGCUUGCUGUCUCAGAAUCAUGCCUCUGUGGGUGUAAUGUGAGAGGCUUGUACAUGGAGGUUUUUAUCAGAUUUGGGAGUGGGAAAAUGUUAGGCAGUUGCCAUACUUGAAGUUGAAUAUUAAAGUGUUACCAGGUGUUGAUUCAA